AUGCACCCAGCAGCAAUAAGUAAGUGCAAAAUGAGCACAGAGGAAAAGCCUGGGAAUGAGGAACAUGAUGCUGAUUCUUGCAGAAGAACAGUUUCUCUUCCAAUUCAAAAGGUUGAUGAUCCAAUGGGGAUAACUGAAGAAACCUCACAUGUUCCUCCUAGGAAGCGACAGAAUCUUCUCCUAGAAAUACCCUCAAGAACAGAAGAUAGUUCUCAAGAUUUUGUUGCAAUCAAAAUGCCACCAACUCCAAGUUCCAAUCCCACUCCUACUCCAAAGAGAGUGAAUUUUCUUGUGAGUUCUCGCUCUGUUGAUCCUCCUACACAUAACUCUCCUGGACCUUCAACCUCAAGAGGCAAAUCAACCAUACGAAGCCUGCUUCCAAAACUGAGCUUCAGGUAUCGAACAGCAGAUAUUGAAAAGGCAAAUACUGCAUCUCUAGAAGUUUCCUCUUCAGGCAUUGGAGAAAAGCCUUCAAUCUCAAGAUCGUUGUCUCUUACUAAGAUUUUUACUCCUAGGAUUAAGAGAACGUCGUCAUUACCAUUUGAUGAGAUUAGACAAUCAAACAAUGAAUCUUCUCAUGGUGGAUGUGUUGGUGGUCCUCAAAAUAAAAAAGAAGCCAAGCGGAAGAUAGCUCGCUCUCUUUCAGUACCUGCCAACAACAAAGAUAAAAGUUUAAGAAGGAUGGAUUCAUUUUUUCGCAUUGUUCCCUCCACUCCUCGAGCAAAGGAAGGAGAUGAAUUGUUAGACAUGUCAACAAAUGAUACUGAAAAUGAAGAUGCUAAUGGUGAAGAUAUAGCCGAAGAAGAGGCUGUGUGUAGAAUCUGUCUGGUUGAUUUGUGUGAAGGAGGUGAGACCUUCAAGUUGGAAUGCAGCUGCAAAGGUGAACUUGCUCUGGCUCACCAAGAAUGCGCUAUUAAAUGGUUCACAAUAAAGGGUAACAAGACCUGUGAUGUGUGCAAGGAAGAGGUUCGGAACCUACCUGUCACUCUAUUACGGAUACAAAGUGUUCGAAAUCGGAAUAAUGGUGCAAAUAGGUCUCAGUUGGAAGAUGCAAAUGGAUACAGGGUAUGGCAGGAAGUGCCAGUUCUUGUCAUUGUCAGCAUGCUUGCCUAUUUCUGCUUUCUUGAGCAGCUAUUGGUUGGAAAAAUGGGAACUGGUGCAAUUGCCAUAUCUCUUCCGUUUUCCUGUGUACUGGGUCUACUUUCCUCCAUGACAUCAUCAACCAUGGUGAAGAGCAGGUUCAUAUGGAUUUAUGCUUCUGUCCAGUUUGCCCUAGUGGUUCUUUUUGCCCAUAUUUUUUACUCCGUGGUUCAUGUGCAAUCAGUUUUGUCUAUUCUUCUGGCCACAUUUGCUGGUUUUGGUGUGGUGAUGAGUGGGAGUUCUAUUCUUGUGGAGUUUUAUAGAUGGAGAAGAAGAUUGCAGGCUUUGUCAGAACAGCGACAAGGUCCUCAAGUGAUGCCACAAGCAGGACAAAAUGCACGAUCUUCAAACACUCCUCGUUCAGAUUCAAGUUCAGGUCCUUCCAACCACAGUCAACCUGUGGUGCAAAAUCGACAGAACUCAAAUCAGAGUUAA